AUGGCUUCCAAGGUUUCAGCAAUCCUACUUCUCUCCCUUAACCUGCUCUUUUUCUCAGUGGCCAACGCUAACAUUUUUAAACAUUCCGAAUGCCCAAAGAAUAACGUGAAUGUUUGCGUCAACGUGUUGAGGCCCGGGGGAAGUCUUGCCAAAGAUAGCCCAUGCUGCACCCACAUUCAACAUUUGGUAGCUCUUAAAGCGGCGCUUUGCCUUUGCGCUAUCGUCAAGGCCAAUAACUUGGGUCUCGUUGAAGCCGACCCUACCGUUCAACUGGAGCUACUGCUCAAUGGCUGUGGAUGUCGGCCAACCAGAACCUACUACUGCUAA